GCUCACUCAGGCAAAUACCGAAAGCACAGUAUUUAAAUACCGCACACACUAUUCAGCGGAAUAACAAUAAGAAUAAAGAAAAUAAGGUAAAGCCGCCACAGAUCCCAAAUAAGAUGCGAAAGUUGACCAGCUUUGUGUGCGGCACAGGAGCCGGAUUGGCGGCGUACUACCUGCAGCGGCUGCGCGACCCGCAAACGGCGGUGCAGAACUCGUGGACGCACAGCGACAAGCCGGUGGAUCCGUGGGCCCUUUGGGACAGCAACUGGGACUGCCGGGAGCCUCGCGCCCUGGUCCGUCCCCUGCGUAACAGCCAGCCGGAGGAGGAGAACCGCUUCAAUGCGGAGCUGGAGAAGGCCAAGGCCAAGAAGCCGCGUCACAUCAUCCUGGUGCGGCACGGCGAGUACCUGGACGUGGGCGACUCGGAUGACACGCACCACCUCACGGAGCGCGGCCGCAAGCAAGCGGAAUUCACCGGGAAACGGCUUUGCGAGCUGGGCAUCAAGUGGGACAAGGUGGUGGCCUCCACAAUGGUGCGGGCCCAGGAGACCUCGGACAUCAUACUCAAGCAGAUCGACUACGACAAGGAGAAGGUGGUGAACUGCGCCUUCCUGCGCGAGGGAGCGCCCAUUCCGCCCCAGCCGCCAGUGGGCCACUGGAAGCCGGAGGCAUCUUUCCUGCGCGACGGAUCGCGCAUAGAGGCCGCCUUUCGGCGAUAUUUCCACCGCGCGUAUCCCGAUCAGGAGAAGGAGAGCUACACACUGAUCGUGGGUCACGGCAACGUGAUCCGGUACUUCGUCUGUCGCGCCCUCCAAUUCCCCGCCGAGGGCUGGCUCCGCAUCAGCAUCAACCACGCCUCAAUCACCUGGCUGACCAUCAGCCCGUCGGGCAACGUGUCCAUCAAGUACCUGGGCGACUCCGGCUUCAUGCCUGCCCCACUGCUCACCAACCGCAUACCGCGGGACGCCAAGAACGUGGUUUAGCCUCCUGCCCACACACACACUGCCAGAAUGAGAAGCAAUAUUAGUGUAUUUAUUGCCAAGCCUAAAAGUAAAUCCGUAAGCUCAGAUGGUGUUUUUGUAUAAAUUAACAUGUAAAUUAUUACCGCACCUUAAAGUAAAUCUCCAAUGGAAAGAGGAUCAUCAAGACUUCCGACUGAAAUAAUAACAUUUUAUAGAAUGCCAAACUUUAAAA